AUGGCCAAAAACACCAAUAUUCGAAUCAGUCUCCCAGCAGUCUGCUUUGUCUGGCAGAUUGCAAUGAUUAUCCUGUUUGGUGUGUUCAUCCGUUAUAAUGAGGAGUCUGACACUCGCUGGAUCGAACACAGAAGAAGGAAAAAUAUUUCCACAAAUUUAGAGAAUGACUUUUACUAUAGAUAUCCAAGUUUUCAGGAUGUGCAUGUGAUGAUCUUUGUUGGUUUUGGAUUUCUAAUGACCUUUCUGAAGCGUUAUAGUUUUGGUGGAGUUGGCUUCAAUUUUCUCAUCGCAGCUUUUGGAAUUCAAUGGGCUCUGCUGAUGCAAGGCUGGUUUCAUUACCUUGAUGAAAAUGAUGGGAAGAUAAAAAUUGGGGUUGAGAACCUAAUUAAUGCAGAUUUCUGUGUGGCCGGCUGUCUCAUUGCAUAUGGCGCUUGCCUUGGAAAAGUCAGCCCAGUGCAGCUGAUGGUUCUUACUCUAUUUGGAGUCACCCUGUUUGCUGUUGAGGAGUACAUCAUUCUUGAACUCCUACAUGCAAAAGAUCCUGGUGGUUCCAUGGUCAUCCACACUUUUGGAGCAUAUUAUGGUUUGACCAUAUCUUGGGUCUUAUAUCGACCAAUGCUAUCGCAAAGCAGGCAUUUACAAGGAUCCGUUUACCACUCUGAUGUGUUUGCAAUGAUUGGCACUCUCUUUCUUUGGAUGUACUGGCCCAGUUUUAAUUCUGCUAUUGCAGAUCAUGGAGAUGGCCAGCACAGAGCUGUUAUAAAUACCUACCUCGCACUUGCUGCCUCAGUUCUCACUACCUUUGCCAUUUCAAGUAUCUCACAGAAACAUGGAAAACUCGACAUGGUACAUAUUCAGAAUGCUACCUUGGCUGGUGGCGUUGCAAUGGGAACAGCUUCAGAGUUCAUGAUUACCCCUUACGGCUCUCUGAUAGUGGGAUUCUGCUCGGGCAUUAUUUCCACAUUUGGAUAUCUCUUUCUGACUGUGAGUUUUGCUGUAUUUUAUAGUACUGAAAAUGUUCGAAAUAAUGUUGAAGUACAGUUGAUUAACACUUUCGACUUCAAGGAAGCCGUUGCUAACAGGACAGUCAACAUUCAGGGUGGUUACCAGGCAGCUGGUCUUUUUGUAGCAAUAGCAUUUGGCCUUGUAGGUGGAGCUUUGGUUGGUGGGAUAUUAAAGCUGCCAAUCUGGGGAGACCCAGCAGACGCCAACUGCUUUGAUGAUGAAGUUUACUGGGAGGUUCCUGAGGAUGAGGAUGAGAAUAUUCUCUCUAGACACCCAAACAUGAACCACACAAGAGGCAUGCCAGAUGCGUGA